GAUCCUUUACCCUGAGCCCAUUGGAUCAUCAUCACCAGCGUAUUUCCACUGCCACAGCCACUCCUUACUCAAGAAAUUCCUGGUAAGGAACUGGUAAGGAAACAAGCCAGCAUGCAACUCAGCCACUCUGGGAUCUCGCAGCCCCCAAUUUCUGGCCUCCAACCGGAGACCUCACUGCAGUUGAGCAUUGAAUGAAAUCUGCGCUGUCCCGAUUGAGACAUACAAAGGGCGCGGAUAAUUCCCGAUAUCCUUCUGAAAUGAGAGCCGAAAUCUCCGGAUAAUCAGGCAGCCAUUCAGCUCGCGCAUCCAAGUCGCCACCGCAACAGAAGCUGAGACAAGUCAACGUUAACAUCAAGCUGAAAGGCGCGGCUGACAUUGGCCCCACGACGGAGGUUUCUGAUCUCCAGCUAAAGUCACCAACUAAGAUGGCCCCGCGGCCUAAGCCUAAUCGCCACAUUUCAUUACCAUCUCUAGACGUUCCCCGAAGCCGUAGCGUGAGUGACCGCAGCGACCGAAGCGAUGGAACUAGCAGUCAGCAAAGUGGCGAGCCGAGUACCCAGCCGGCUUGGAAGCGUGCUAGCAAACCCAAAGUCCGCACUGGUUGUAUUAGCUGCAAGAAACGUCACGUAAAAUGUGAUGAGCGCAAACCACAUUGUCUCAAAUGUGACAACAUGAACAUAGAUUGCGAAGGAUAUGUGCAGCCAAAACCCUCCAAGGCUGUGUCAAGGGCCGAGAGGCUGUUGCUUCCCAAGGCGGGGCCUGCUCCUUUACUCGCGAAAUCUACUGUCAAUUCUGAAUUCCAGCCAGCUGGCGUCCAACCCCCCCUUCUGUUAUCUCCUGGGCUCGGUUUUGAGAUUGGUGACGAUGAUGGCUGUAUUGGAGCGUACGCAAGAGCUCUCAUCGACCUCACGAAUGAUUACCCCUGGAUUACUUCCGCAGAUCGUCCAUGGUGGCCCGCCUCAGUCGUUAAUCGGCAUCAUCAGGCUGCAUUGAGUCACCAUUCCAAAGCGUUGUCCUACCUUCGUCAGGACAUCGAGGUCAAUGGCGUCGAUAGUCGUACCACCAUGGCAGUAACAUUACUAUUCAUCGUCUUCGAGAACACGCAGGGAACUACCAUGCAGCUGGCCGUCUCAUACGCUCGGGGAUCAAGCUCCGCAAACAUCCCUUUUCCUCACUGCAAGUCUGCCUACCAUCUACUCUUGGACGAAGACGAUCUACCAACCGACGAAGAGAAUGUACCCAACGAGUAUACAAUUCAAGCCACCACUCCCCAUUCCUUCCAGCAUGCCCAUGCGAUAUUGGAGACGAUCCUACCGUCGCUCGGCAAAUUCUACGCUAAAGCCGUCUGGCAUAACUUGCACUCGAGCUACGAGUUCGACGAGGACGACAUGACCCGGGAACAAGCCCUGCACCUAGCCAAGGUACGAGGCUUCGGAAAUCUUGUCAUCGCUCUGAAAGCAGCAGAAACGGACGGGGCACAACUGCAAGGCCUGUCUUUCAUGACGAUGCAUCACCAGGUCGCUACAAUCUUCCUCUCGAGUUGCCUCGACCGGACCGAAACCACAUACGACCACUUCACGUCGCAGUUCGAGGAAAUCGUAUCCGAAGCCAGACAGUAUUUCCGACUCCCCGCUAUGGGCAACAAGUCGGGUUUCACCAAUGAAAACGGACUGCUGCCGCUCUUGUCAUUCGUCGUAGCCAAGUGUCGAGUGCGGCGGACGCGUCUCGCGGCGCUGGAUAUGAUCCGACGGUCGACAUGGCGUGAAGGACCGUGGGACGGGACCAGCCUUUCGAACGCUAUGGAUGGGCUUAUGAAGCUUGAGGGCCAGAUGCCUUUUGAGGAUCAGAGCGGGUAUGUUGAUGACUUCUUCGAUUGCGUACCGCCUCCUGAGUCACGAUAUACGUGGACGAAUAUUUUCUGGGACUUUGAGAGGCGCCAGAUGACUAUGGAAUACACCAAGAUUCUGCCUAAUGAUCAGGGUGAGUUUGAGAAGGUUAAGUGCGUGAUGAGCAGGUAA